UGUGAAUGACCCGCGUCCGCGCUACUGCCGUCCCGUGCAAAAUCAAAUGCCCUACAUAAUCUUAUCUGUGAAUUUCUCGCGUCUGAUCUUCUUCUCAGUUCUCACACUCGCAAAUUACUGUAGAAGUUAAAAAGGCACUCAUAGUUUCCGAGGGAACUAUGGCAAUGACCAUGACCACUGCAGUGGCGUCGCCGUCCAGCCGGCUGCUUAUCGACUCUCGCCAUAGUACCGUUAGCACUAUCCCCAAGAAUGUGGCAAUUUACCCAGCAACAGCAGUUACAAAUAAGGGGCUAUUGAAGCACUGUAUAUCCUCGCAAGGAUGCGUAAGAUCUCUGGUGAAACCAGUUUCGGCUGCUAGUUCAGGGCUAGAGGCAGAUUUGGCUGAUGAACGCCUUAAAAAUGCAAAGAUAGUUGUUGAAUCCAAAGAAGCUGAGAAGAUACAAGUCAGAGUAGAUGUGAACGAGGAGUACACAGAAAUGGUUUUCGACAGCGUUUUGACAAAAUUAGCAAAAUCAGAGCAACCAAUUCCAGGCUUCCGCAGGGAAAAAGGAGGGAAAACGUCCCAGGUUCCUAGGGAAUUUCUACCGCAGAUACUUGGUGAAGAGCGAGUUACCAAUUCUGUAAUACGAGAAAUUAUCAACUCAACUCUUGCUGAUUAUGUGAAGAAGGAGAAUUUGGCGGUGAAGGAUAACAAGAUUAGCAUCACACAAACUGCGGAUGAACUCAUGUCAUCCUUUGCUCCGGGAACUGAAUUCGGGUUCAACGCCAUCUUAGAACUUGAAAAAUCAAAAACUGAAGCCACCACAUAAACCCACAGAAGAAGAUUUUGCAACAAAUCUAAGAAAGGCAGAGGGGGAGAUACAAAUUUUUACAUGUGGACAUGAAAACUAAGCAUGGUAGUAAAAUUUUCCAUUGUCAUUCCUGAUGACAUGGUGAGAGUUGUAGUUCCUGGGUCUAGAGAUAUUGUUAAUUAUUGUGGCUUGAUUAUGCGGCACACUAAAUUGUUCAGAGAUGAUAAUUGGCCGGCAAUAAUUACAAAACCAUGGAGAAGCGAUGUAGUUGAAGGUUAAGGUAACAAUUUACUUUCAAUGUCAAAUUGACUUCUUGUUGCAUGUGCUAUUACUUUCAAUAGUUUUACAUAUUUUAUCAGGAUAAACUUGAAACUAGUGGUAUGCGAGAACAUGUGUUGCAAGCCCUUGUGAUUGACAGUCUGACACUAUGCAAAGGCUUUUUAGAGCAUGGAACACUCGAUGCAUGCUGACUACUCCCGUUAUGCCACUGAUAAAGAGAGACCUUCCAUAGACUGUAUGAUGUUACACCUGAUGACUGGGUGUUUCUUGUAGGACUUUUUAGAAGUCCCGCAUUCAAGGUUAUGAUUGAGUGGAACAAGCUAACCGGGAAAAACAAAUAACUAAGCACUCUUGUGGCUCAAAGUCAUUUACAGAAGUGAAGGAAUCAUUGCUCCAGGAAAUUGUGGCUCAACAGCAAUCUGAAGAAAAUGAGCAUUCAAUCAGUUGCAGGUGAGAUUUUAACCACUAUACUUGGUGAUCGGACUAACUAUGCUCGUUGAAAAGGGUUUCGAAAGAGGCCUCCAUAAAAGAGUUGUGUGCAACAGGUAGACUUACAGGCAAGUAUGUCUUCUACAAUGGGAAGUAUGUGCCAAGAGAUGCAAGAAAAAAUGGAAAGAAUAUUGCUGGAAGAACGUGAGCAAGUGGCUGCUGAGUUGCAAAGAAAGAAGAACAACUGACUUCUGAGUUACUAAGGAAACUAGAAGAGGAGCGUGACCGCAUGGAUAUACAAGUUGGCCAAAGGACUCAAGGGAAGAUGGAUGCAUUCAUGAUCAGAAUGCAACAGCAAAGAUAAAGUAUUCAACAAUGAGGACAUGAAGUUGCUCAAGGAGUUUUUUUGAAGAUAUUGGAGUAGUUUGAAAAUGUGUGGCUAAAGCCGGCUAUGAAAUGGGAGUUGGGCCAUUUCUGCCGAACUGAUGGCCGAAUGGCCAAACAGUGUUAGACUUCUUUCAUUUCCAAGUAUCAAGGGCUUUCGGUGGACUUCUUUCAUUUCCAAAUUAGCUUGUGACAAGUCCUAGCAUUAGUAUGAGUUUGUUGACCGCAUAAGGGCAAUUCAUCUUGAUCGCGUCAACCAGAUACCAUUCUAAUUACUGCUAGUUGGACUCAUUUUGUAUUCCUUCAGCUGUGUUUCAAGAAGAUGAAACAUAUAGAUAACCCUUAAACUAGCCACCAACUCUCAAGUAGAGGUGUUUCUCUGGUUAUUAGUAUAGUUAAACCUACUUGAUAACGAGUUUAACCGAUUAUAUAUGUAUUUCGCCUUUCAAAAAUUGCAUUGUCUUGUGAGAAUAAAGCCACAUAGUCAUGUAUUACAACCAAAUAUUGGGAGAGAAUAGUGGCAUCGUCUCCAGUGAACCCAGAAUAGUGAACAUCAAGUUAUUCUCAUUCAUUCACUAUAUGGUGUACUUGUUUCAUAGUACAUGAAUAGUU